AUGGACCGGCCAGAUCGCUCUGACCGGCCAGGGCUUCCUCUCGGCGCUGGCACACAAUCAACCGGUCGCGGACUGCCCGAAAACCCAGCACAGAACCGCCGCUUGCCCGGUUCCAGCGGCAGCAACAUCCCGAUCCCCCCCCUACCAGCCAAUAUUGCCGCCGCCGCUGGUGGCAAUGUCAACCUUGCGAGCAUCCCGAUACCACCACCGCCGCCGCCACCACCGCCGCCACCACCGCCAAUGCCGUCCGCACGCGGUGCUGGCUCGCUGACUGCAUCCGCACCGAUCGCCGCGAGCCAGGUCAUCGCGCUGGCACGCGAGGCGAUGAAGGACGCAUUGCGGCAUACCGAUCAGCAGGCGGGUGACAGCGCCGACAUCAACAAUGAGCUCAAGCCGGGUCUCACCAUCGACUUAAGCCGCAAGAAUAUACAGCGGCUGCCUGACGAGGUCGUCGACAUCAUCAUGAACAAGCUGGAACGGCUUGCGUUGUCUCACAACAAACUGACGGGUUUCCCUGCACGGUUCGCCGAGUGCUCUUCGCUGCGGUAUCUCAAUGUUCGCAAUAACGACAUUCGAGAGUUCCCACUACCUCUGUGCGACCUCCGAUCCCUCGAAAUUCUCGAUUUGGGCCGCAAUAAGCUCCGCGUCCUACCGCCCGAAAUUAUCAAAUUGACCUCGCUCAAGGUCUUUGCUGUCCAGAAAAAUCGCAUUGAGGAACUGCCCCUGUGCCUAGCCGACAUGGCGUCGCUGCAGAUGCUCAAGCUCGACGGUAACCCCAUUCGCUUCCCGCCCCCCGAAGUGUUUCAAGUCCAGGCCAGCAGCCCGCCCAAUGAAGGCUAUCUCAAGGAGAGUGAGGUCACCGAGGUCACCGUUACCUCCCACGUGAAGAAGUUCUUGAAGCAGGCCAUGCUCAAUGGGCGUUCCGAAGCUGCGGCUACAGCUGUCUCCUAUGUCACUAGCACCGCCCAGGCCAAUGGACCAGCCUCCGGUCCUUCGUCCAGUGGAGGAUCUGGCAACGGCACCACGCCCAGCGGUGGCUCAUAUUCUAUGGGCGGUUUGUCUGAUACGCCGACGGACGACUCGUCCGACCCGCUUGACCCGCCCCGCCUUCUCCCAGCCAAGCGUGUCACAAGUGGACGGUUCCCAAUCAAGGUCAAUGGUGCCGAAGUUGGCGACCUUCGCUCACCCAACAUGGCCCGACCGCCGCCCAUCCCGACACGCUCGCAUUACCGGGGACUGUCUCAGCAGAACACGGCUGUUCGACGCCCUGGUGUCAUGCCGUUAACGAUCGGAAGCGUAAAUGAGCGUGUUCGCAGCAACAGCGAAACGACCUUGCUUCCGGCACCUCGUGGCGAUCGGUCUGGUAGCGAGCGUCCGGGUGAACGGUCCCGGCGGAUGGGCAUCGUAUCAAAGAAGGCCCAAGAGCUUGGCACACUCGACGAGACGGAAGCCAACAACCGCUUUAGUCACUACCGCGGUCUUAGCCAUGGAUCUGCCAUGACAGGCAACCCUGUAAGUACCGCGGCUGCCAUUUCUGACACAAAGAGCCCGGCAAGCCCCAUGUCAGAAAUUGCCAUGCAACGUCCGAUCUAUGUCCGCCGUCUCUCAAUUCUUCCGGAGCGGCGCCGGGAGUCCAAGUUCUGUGAUCCUGUUGUCGAGGCUGCCAAAGGCGUGCUCUACUCGGUUUUCCAGAUCCACCCCAUGAUCCAGAUGCUUAUGAGUCUCGCCAACGACGGAACAACGCGUCGGUCCAGCCUCGAGAUUGUCGUGUACAACACAAACUCGCACGUGCAGCAGCUCGAGCGUGAGAUCCAGCGCUACGAGCUUGCCGUUGAUACAGGCGAGAACAAUCUGGAAAAUGAGAUUGUGCAUAGUGCAUGCGUCACGCUUUUGCACGCCUACGACCACAUCUGCUCGCUUUUGAAAGUCAAUGUGGAUUUGUUCCUCGACAAUGGUGACCCCCGAUACAUGCGUACGCUGCUGUUGCAGCUGUACCACAGCAUCAUGGAGCUUCGCGUUGCCUCGGCCGGCACCAUCACGACGCAGGGAUACCGCAAGUCGGCUUCCGGCCCGUCGUCCAGCCGUGCCUCACAAUCCGAGAAUGUGAUUUCCGUGGGAGACACGAUCAAGCCUCUCAUGCCGCCAUCGCUACCCCACUCCCGCGACACUUCGGUGAUGUCUACGCCAACUGCAGAACGCCCGGGCCUCGCCACUGUGCGCGGAGUGCGAGGCGGUAGCGUCUCACACAACCCGAGCAACUUGCGCGUGGCAACCGACGUUCCGAUGCCCGGUCUCGUACCCUUCAUCAACGGCACCGGCCGAACUGCGACCAUUACAUCUGCCACGCCCCGGUCGGGCGAGUCCUUUGCGUCGACGAGCAGCCGCGGUGCACCGACAGCUGACUUCACGGAAGAAGACCGCAUGUUCGAGAAGAUCUACCUGGCGUUGCAAAAGUCCAGCGAUGUCGCACUACGGCUACUUCCGGGCUUGAACAGCCAGUAUGCGUCUUCGCUACGGGCCGCGAUGACGCAGCGAGCCCCCGAACAGGUCACGCGCGACUGGCGUAUUCUCCUCGGCCGCUGCGCGACGGCCAUUCAGCAGACCGAGACGCUCAAGAGCCGGUUGUCGAGCAUCAAGUUGAAGGAGCCCGGCGUCCGUUGGCAGGAUGCGUUCUGGAGCCUGUGUGUGAACUUCUUUGAUGCGUGGUACAGCUUUGCCGAUAUGGUCCGCAACGACAAGACCGCCAUCCAGCUUCCCGUCGACACCCGAGCGCGUCUUCGCCCACUGCACCAGUGCAUCAAGGAUACGACACGACUCAUUCUGCGGUCGCCUUGGGCCUACACUCUGAGGCAGUCGAACAUGCUGGCCAACACGACCAGCCCCCUGAGCGGCGGCAGUAGCGUCCUCAGCGGCGGUGCCGAUGGAAAACUGGGCGUCCAGCUACCCAUGACGCCGCAAAGUGCCGCUCUCGGCCCUGCCGUGCAGGCAACUGUCCCGUCCACACCUCAGAGUGCGUCCUUUAACAAGGUCUUCUCCGGCAACCUCUUUGAACGAGCCGAUACCCUCAUUUCCUCGGGAGGCAUCUCCAUGUCGCGAACGGGCACAUUUUCAUCUACGUCCGGCUCGUCGGGGCUCAACUCCAUCAAUAGCACUCUCUCAGGCCAUCCCGACGGCAGCAUGACUCCGUCCUCCAUGCUCAGCCCUGGCCCCCUGGGACCUCUACCUUUCCGCCUUAACAACGGCAACAAAGUUGCUUUCUAA